CACUGUUCCGUUCUCGGUAAAAUGGCAGAGGUCGGUCAUAGGCUGGGGACCGGGGCUUACCGGCUGUCCGCCCUCAGAAACAGCCAGAGUUGGUCGGUGUGCACCGGAGAGAGUCCCGGUCCUCUGCUGGUCAACUCCCUCAGUGACAGCCGGUGUAAAGAGCAGUCAACCCGGGACCAACAUCGUGAAGUUCAGCCAGUGUCAAGAAGCAAAGCAACACGACACAAACCAGAGAAACUUUCCGGAGUGACAACAAGUGAAAGUCCACAGGAAAAUGGGACUUUGCGCUGUGUCAGGUAUUUGGAGCUGGAUUCAUCCCGGUGUAUCAGAGAGAGACUUAACACUCACACAACAUCCCUGUACCUCUCAGCGAGGCAGCAGGAGAGGAGCAGAGGAGCUGUUUUCAUCCACCCUGACACCUUCAGGUCAGGGCAGGGGUCAGACAGGUGGAGGCGUCUGAAAGCCCAUCCUAAUACCAUGCAGGUAUCUACCAGAAGCUACUGCUGGAGGAGUGACCGCAGCUCAGAGGAGGCUCCGACUAUGUACAGAGCAAGGACGACUUAUUACGACAUCCUCAGAGUGUCCCCUGGUGCCACACAGUCCCAGAUCAAGACAGCCUACUACAAGCAGUCUUUUCUUUUCCACCCUGACAAGAACCCAGGGAACGAUGAGGCCACACAGCGCUUCUCUGAUAUAAGCAAGGCCUACACAGUGCUGGGAAACAUUGGCCUCAGGAGGAAGUAUGACCGUGGGAUUCUCAGCAGGUCAGAUGUUGACAGUGCAGGGAGACCUUCCUCUAAAGAGACCAUGAGCAAAUCCACAGCCCCCCCACAUCAGCAACACUACAGAACCAGGCAGUUCUCCCAAACUGGGAAGAAGGCCAUGUUUGAUUUCGAUGCUUUUUAUCAGGCUCACUAUGGGGAGCAGCUGCAGAGGGAGAAGGACAUGAGAGCCAGGAGGCAGCGCCUGCAGGAGCAGGAGAAGGAGAACCUCAACAAGUGGAAGGAGGGAAGACAGUUGGACUUGACUAUGAUAGUGCUGAUGACCAUGGCAGGCGUUCUCUUUGUGAACCUCAGCAUAUCCUGAAAUAGAUGCAGCACCUUGCCGGGUGCCUCUCUGGGGUUGCAUGUUACAACUCUCAGGGAGGAGAAACAGGGGGAGAGAGAGAGUGCUACCUCAGAGUGUUUUGCAAGUGUUGCACGGUUUUUUGACAGUUGAAGAUGAUUUUAUUUAGUGUGUUUUUAAGGAGCAAACAAAGGCUGGUUAGAGGCCAAAGAUUGGUCAUUAGCUGAUUGUUUCAAAACAGCAACUGAGCAUAUUACUUUUCCUCAUUCAUUCACUUUAAGACUGUAAAGACCAGCAGAAACAAAAACUGCAAACACUUACCUAAAAAGUGAGUGCUGAAUGAUCAUAAAUCAGAAACGUGAAGAGAGAGAUGUAUGUACAGGUAAUAUUAUAUUUCACUCUUAAUGGCUUUCUCCGUUGAUUUAUUUGAACCUAGGUUUCAGAGUCAUCAUUACAAUCUUGUCAAAUGGUCACUCUCCGUAUCCCAAGAAGCUGAUGUAGACUGUUAUGGAGGUUUAGUUUUUGUGCCAUCAACAUCUGUACCACCAGGUGUGAAGUUUCUGUGUCGGCAGUGCACUUAUUUAUUUCAUUUCCAUAGGGACAAGACUGAAGCCAAACCACCCUUAUUGGCAGCUCUCAUUUAAGUCCUUUCACCCACAUGCUGCACAAGGAUGUGAACAUUGAAUGUCUGAGGCUGGAACGCGCACAAUGCCUUUGCCUUUCCUUACACACUGCAUCUGUAAUUCAGGAAAUCACUUUGAAGUGUGCAAAUGUAAGAUUAUUAGAAAAAGAAUACAUAUGUAUACACCUUCCAGGUUUUUGAGAGUGUAUCGAUCUACUGUAUAUUAUGUUGUUAAAUUGUUUAUUUUGAAUAGGGGUAACUGUAUAAACCAACUCUCUUACAACAGUUUGAUUCAUAUGUUUUAAAUAGUUUUAUUUAUCAAUGAAGAUCAUAGUUGGUAAUUACCCAGAAUGCAUUGCGUGUGUUUUUUCUGCAAUUCUAUAAGAUCUGACCUCUAGAGGGCGCCUGAGCACAUCCAAAUCAUCAUAGGCUUCAGUUGGAGGCCUCUGGCCGUUUCUCAAUCGCGAGGAUGCUUGCUUGGUAGCACAUGUCUUCCGAGUCACUUGCUUCAGAAGCUAGGCAAGAAUCCUUCCUGGCAUUCGGAAAACGAAGAGUGGAACAGGCUAGAAAGUGUGCAGGUGGGCGUCAUAUGAGAGGCCCCGCCUUACAUUUUCCGCCACAGAUUUGGGGAAAUUGGUCCGUGCGCAAAGCAUUGUGGGGGUUUUAAGGACGCGAAGUCUAGCCAUGUGCAGUCUCGAAAUUAACCCCAAACCAAGGACGCGGCCUCGGUGGAAUUCCAAGUAUGCUGUUGUUGAUGAUAAUACAUCAGUUUAUUUCCUUGAAGAUGCUUCCCAGUAGAAACUUCCAACAUGGUUAAUUUCUGGGAUUAAAGGAAUACUUCACCAACA